AUGUCCGCUCGAGGGAGGGGUAGAGGCUCAGCACCACCUCGAAUGCGGGAAGAUAGGGAUGUAUUAGGAUACGCAAAUAAGAGAGUGGCCAAUCUGGGUCCACCACAAAUAGCUACUUUCCCCAAGAGAUCUAUAAGAGGUAUUGCCAGUGCAAGUGGUGUUCCCAUUGGCGGAAGAGGGUUCCCUCCGAGAGGUGCUAGUGGUAGAGGGGGACCUUCAACUCAUAUACCUAGAGGAAGUGGAAGAGGUGGAGGAAUAGGACCAAGCGCAGGAGGAGAUACCUAUAAUGGAGACAGAAGUGGAGAUGAAUAUAAUAGACGAACAGAUGUGUAUAGACCAAGAUAUAGUCCAUCAUCAUCACCGCAACCUCAAUCUGGACCUGGACCAUCAACCUCAAGGUUUUAUGAUGCCGAAAGAGAAAACGAAGGAAGAUCAUGGAACGGACCUUCUCUUUAUACCCCUUCUCAGCCACGGUAUCAUAAUUACAACUCCAACCAACACUCAAAUCCAAUUCCAAGUUCUAGUUUGUACCAACGACAAUCCAGUCCUGACAGGUACAGCUCACAUACGAACGCAUGUUCUAACGUAAAUGAGAAUAUGAACCCAUAUGCAAGGGAAAGAAGGUAUAGUCCUUCACAGCCUACUUUAGAACAUACUUGGUCACCUAAAAUAAAUCAACAUCCUCUUCCUGCUAAUUCACUACCUUCCGCAUCUUCCUCGAAAAUUAAUGGAUAUCGACCUGAACCAGGACCAACGAAACCACAUGAUUCAUCUACAGAUCGUUUCCCUCCAAUUGUCCUUCCACAUCAAGGUUUGUCGACCCAACCUGCCCAUAACAAUCCCACUUCCAUCAACGAUACCAGGAACCUGAACGGUGAACAACAUAUCAAUCAACAUCUUGUCUUUGAAUCAUCACCUUCUUUACCACCUCCCACACCUACCGAAUCCAAUAUCGAUCCAGCGUUUAAUCGUCCUCCGCCUUCUGGUCCUUCAAGUAGUAGGCGUUCGAGUCCACCCAAACCAAGUUGUCCGACAUGGACAACGGAUGGUCAAGAGCAAGCAUCUGCACCAUCAUCAACACAUCCAAAUGGAACGAAUCUCAUCAAAUUGUCAAAUUCAACUAAUAUUACUCAACCUCCAGAAAUAAAGAAAAUGACAUUCAAACCUAACAAUCCAAAUACAAAGACAAUACCAGUGUCAUUGAAAGAUAAAGGAAAAGGAAAAGAAAUGGAAGUCAAGGUCAAAUUUGAACCUGGUAUUCAUCAUUCAGCAGCAGGAAGACAUCAUACGCAAGAUGAUAUGAUGAAUGAAAAAAAUCAUGACGCAGAUAUGGAUGUUGAUGUUAAACCAAAUAUAGAAGAGCUUGAAGAGGAAAUUGAGUAUAUCGAUGAUGGGAUCAAGAGAUCUGGUACUUUAGCGUUCAUCAAAACCGAUAUACCUCAAUGUUGGAACAAAGACCUGUCUCAAAGGAAAGAUGCUAGAUUAUCCUUUCGCGAAACGAAGAAGAAGGAAUUAUCUAAUUUGGGUAGAAAGAUGACUGGAACUCAUUGGAGAGAUGAUGGAGUCGCUUUUGAUUGGACGCUGCUCAACACUCGGAAGGAAUCACACACUCAACCAGCUGAGAAUGUUCCCAUUGUGGAUGCGACACGACUAUUGGCCCCGGUCGGUGAAGAAAGUAUACCACAAAGUAGCUCAAUCUCAAAACCCAAGCAGACCUCAAGUCCCUCACAGGACGUGAAAUCUUCUAUCAAGAUUGCCGCCUCUUCUGAUUCUCCCAAGAUUGAUUCAAUUCCGACCACACAAUCCAAAUCAAAACAUACAGCCCAUGGCACAACGAUACCCUCAUCCCACACGCAUGCCCCUCAACACCACGACUCAGGAGUCCCUUUUUCUGAAGACCAGUUAUUCACGUCGACAUCAAGAUCCACUGAUGAUGUCAUACGGUAUAUCGUCGAAUAUCCCGCAGAGUUCGCCACGGCGAAGUUGCGGUACACGAAUAAAGACUCAUUUCAAUCUUGGCUUAAAGAAAAAGAGGAGAAAGCUGCAAAUCCCGAUUCGAAAGGUAAGCCCACUAGGAAAGUCGACCUUAUCUGGAAAACAAGACUCAAUGAUUUGGAAAUUGUAACGACACCGUUGCCCUCAUCAAACCAGCAUACGGUUGAAAGAUCCGAUGACCCUUCCAGUUGGCCAGAUAACUAUUUCGAGCAUAAAGACUAUCUCAUGUAUCCCGAUAACCUGGCUACUUCCGAACAACGGUUGAGUGAGCCCAAAGAGUUUGCGAAAUGGACCAAAAAGGUUGAAAGGAUAAUGAGUGAUCCAGAUGAAAAAGGAAGACCUACAAGAUGGGUGAAAUCACUGGCAAAGAAAAAGACCUUGACUAUUUUUUCACAACUAAAGACUGAAGAAGAGAUCAAGAGCUACGAUGGUAAACCAAUCAAAAUCGAUUCUGCUUGUGCAGAGAAAUUGUGCAACCCUGGUCCGACCACUGAUUCCGCCCCGCCCCUGCAAUAUGGAAAAAGUCCUGUGCCGUAUCAAGCUGUUGAAUCAACAGCAAAGCCAAAACCAGCGGGCACACCAGUAAAAUCAUUUCUCUCAAAGGACUUGGAUAUAGGCACUUCCAUUACAAAAGAAAAAAAGAAGAAAAGGGGCACAACAGUCGAUUCACAAACUAAGACAGAAAUCGAAGAUGAAACGAGUCCGACCAAAUCUGAUAAACCAUCGAAAAAGAAGAAGAAAUCAAAUCAUUCAGAAACUGCCCCGCCAGCCUCAUUAAAUCCAUUCCAAACCUCUCAAGGCAAUCCUGUUCCUAAAUCUACUCCAUCCAAUUCCAUUCAGAAUGGAGAAUCUUCACAAUCAAAUAGCGUCAAACCAAAUCCCACAUCGCCCAAAUUGGAAACGUUGAAUUUUUCACUUCGUCAAAAAGUGUCAGAAAUCGAGAAAUGGACUCAAUUAUCAAGUGAAUUCCCAGAUCUAACAAUCGCUCUAAGUGUCCAAAUCACAAAAACUAGAGAGGAGAUAUUUGAGUUAUAUGAUGAUAUAGCUGCUGAGAAGAAGAAAUUGGGUAUAUAA